CAUCUCUUUCUUUCGGUUCCAUCCGUCUUGAAGAACUAUCCAUCCGUCCAUCCACUCGCUCGAACGGUAUCCAUCUACUUCAUCAUCAACUAUAUUCAUCAUGCCCGCUAACAAGAAAGCUGUUGGUUCCGGUAAGCGCGCCGCGCCUGCUCCUUACCCGGUCAAGAAGCCUCAGCAGAAGGCCCAAGCAAAUCCUUUGAUCGAGAAAAAUCCCAAGAACUUUGGUAUCGGCCAAGACAUCCAGCCCAAGCGUGACGUGUCUCGCUUUGUCAAGUGGCCUGCUUACAUCCGCCUCCAACGCCAGAAGAAGAUCAUCUACCAGCGCUUGAAGGUGCCUCCGGCUAUCCAUCAGUUUUCUAACGUUUUGGACAAGAACACCGCUACUGAGUUGUUCAAGUUGCUCAACAAGUACAGACCCGAGACCAAGGUGGAGAAGACUGAACGUUUGAAAGCCGCUGCCGCUGCCAAGGCUGAGAAAAAGGAGGCUCCCAAGACUGAAAAGCCUGUUGUGAUUAAGUAUGGUAUUAAUCACGUUGUCUCUUUGAUUGAAGCCAAGAAGGCGCAGUUGGUUGUCAUUGCUGACGAUGUCGACCCUAUCGAACUUGUCUUGUUCUUGCCCGCCCUUUGCCGCAAGAUGGGUGUUCCGUACUGCAUUGUCAAGGGUAAAGCCCGCCUUGGCACCGUGAUUCAUCAAAAGACUGCCACAGCUCUUGUUUUCACCGAUGUCAAGGAUGCGGACAAGCCCGCUUUAUCAAACCUCAUUACUGCCGUCAAGGCCAACUUCAACGACAAAUAUGAUGAACACCGUCGUCGCUGGAGCGAAGGUAUCAACGGUCCCAAGUCGCAAGCUCGUAUGGCCAAGCGUGCUGCCGCUGCCGCCAAGGAAGUGGCUGCUCGCCAAUAAGCAACUUGUAUUUACUCUUUAUCAUCAUCUUCCCCUUGUUUCCCGUUCUGUACAAUAAAUUCGUAAUAAAAUAAACUAAAAU